AUCAUGGGCAUGCAUGCAAGCAAGAAUUCAAAAAUGGAAAUUUUGGGACCAAAAAACUUUAAAUAAAAAAACAAUCCCACACAUACAUCCUAGCACUUUGUUAGCUAGCUUCCUCCCGGCCUAGAUAUAAAUACAGACACUCCUUGGUGGGUUUGCAGCAGUGCCUGAGGCUGAGAGAGGGUCCCCUGCAGAAUUUAUUAGAGGCCUUCUACCCGCUUUCUUUCUUUUGUUUGUUCUGUUUUUUUGUUUGGUUUUGGUGUUAUAUUUCUGUUCCCCUACCGGCUAUUCCCUGUUAAUCUCUCUCACUCAUUCUCACUCCUCCUUCCUUACUUACUCUGUUCUUCUGAGAUCCUUCCAUGGCAUGCUUAGACAUGUACAACUCCGACCAGCACAAAGGCCACCAUUGCCCUGCAAUGAGCCCCAGAAUCUCCUUCUCCAAUGACUUCGUCGAUGCUCAACAGAUGAUGAAGCAGCAAGAAAGAAGCCCCUUAUCUCAUCCUCCAGCUUCAUCAGACUUCGAAUUCUCAGUCACGGGCUACUCCAUGAUGAGUGCCGACGAGCUUUUCUCCAAAGGCAGGCUGUUGCCCUUCAAGGACAACGGUGGCAGCAGCCAAAUGCAGAGGACUACAAUAAGGGAUCAGCUCCUCGUUGAUGAAGAUGGUGAUGUCGAAGUCUCGCCCAGGCCGCCGAGAGGGUCGUCGUCGACAAGGUGGAAAGGGCUUCUGGGUCUGAGAAGGAGCCACACAGGGUCGAAGAAAGUUGAGAGGGUUAAUAGUAAUGGUGGUCAGAUUUCUGUUGGUGAGAUGAGUAGAAGGCCUGGUAGUGGUAGUUUUGUUCAUGAGCAGGAUCACCAGCUAGUGCAUGUUAGCAACAGAAGUUCCCAGGAGGCUUUGAGUGAAGGAGGAUCAGGAUGCAGGGAUUUGGAGAUUGGAAUAUAGAGAGGAAGAAGUACUACUGAUAAAAUUGAAGUGAGUAGUACUGUUUGGAAAGGUUGUUGGGGAAAUGACAGUUUCUGUUUUCUUCUUGUUCUUUUGAUUCAUCUUAUUGGUUUUUUGGUCGGUAGUUGGGAGAGGAGGUGGGUGGAAUUUUAGUUGAGUUUUCUUUUCCAUAGAUCUUUAGUUUUGAAGUUGUGAGGGAGAUUAUGAUUUAUCUUUUGUAUUCAUCUCAGUUCUUUUUGGCUUCCCCUGUCACAUGGGGAGAGCUUCCAGAUCUCAGUUCUCCUAGAAGUUAGAGUCUUGCAUGUUUUUCCUUUUUCUUGUACAAAAGUGAUUUUUGUUAAUUUGGAAGAAGCUUCCUUGCGUCUUCUAACUCUCAUCCUAGUUGAGGGCUGAGUAAUAUAGAUCUGUCUCUGUUAACUCUCACUCUAGAAAGAAACGUUUCUUCUAGCCCUCCCAAAAAAAAACCCCACUUGACAGGACAAAAAAAAUUGUCAGAAACAGAAAUAUUGACCGUAUUAAGAUGGGGUUUGAAUGAAGGUUUGCAUUCAAAUAUGUAAGACAUGUGAGGGACAGUUGUGGCUUGUCAGUGGCUAAUUUCUCCCCUAAAGCACAAAACAACAAAUGAAAAUUUGUGAAGAUAGGUAAGUUGGAAGAUACAUUUAAUAGUGUGCAGAAGCAUGUGGACAGCAAAAGAUCUUUGAUUGGCGAUUGGCAGAUGACAUUAUC